UAUUGAUGAUCGAUUGAUUGGGGGAAUUUUGGGAUGGGACGCCAAUUGUUGCCAGUUCAAUCAAAUUCCACCGAACCACUCACACAAGUGUGACGAAGAACAAAUCUUCCCCGAAUUUCGUAAGGGUUUACAUAAUUUUCUGGUUUCAAUCCAAUGUCAGUGUUGAAUCAGCUCUUCAGUCGGGGUGUUCUCGGCACUAGAUGCAAAACUUGCUUAAAUUUGGCGAUCUCCCGUAUCAAAUUGCUGCAAAAUAGGAGAGAUGCCCAGCUCAAGCAGAUGCGCAAGGAGAUAGCUCAGUUUUUGCGGACUGGCCAGGAAGCCAUUGCUAGAAUACGGGUAUUUGCUCCAUGUCAUGUGGAGCAUGUUAUACGAGAACAAAACAUAUGGGAAGCAUAUGAGAUUUUGGAGAUGUUCUGUGAAUUUGUUCUUGCACGUGUGCCUAUUCUUGAAAGUCAGAGGCAAUGUCCUUCAGAGUUACAGGAGGCUAUAGCAAGCAUAAUAUUUGCAGCUCCCAGGUGCUCUGAUUUGCCGGACCUCCUGCAAGUUAAAAAUCUGUUCACUUCAAAAUAUGGAAAGGAAUUUAUUUCAGCUGUCUGUGAACUCCGGCCUGAUACUAGUGUUAACCGUACAAUAAUUGAGAAACUUUCUGCUAAUGCCCCAUCUGCACAACUAAGACUCAAGCUUCUGAAGGAUAUUGCAAAAGAGUAUAAUGUCAACUGGGAUUCUUCAGAAACUGAAGUAGAAUUCAGUAAGAAACAUGAUGAUCUCCUGGAUAGUCGGAGGCCAAUUCGUGAAGAUCCUUCAGUUUCUGCACGUCCCAUCCAGAUAUUGCAUCAUAAUUCAUCGCCUUCCAAUGGGGCACAGUCUGUCAUGCCUCCAACUUCAACAGGAAAACUGAGUGUACGAGGUCUUCAAAUUUCUAACUAUACCGACAACCAGCCAGUAUUGAGUACCGAUGGGACAAGGGUAUCAAACCAAAGUAGCAGAGGGGAAAGCCCAGUUGGUGAUGGUAAAAGGGAUUCAGGAUCACAUGCUGCUGACAUAUUAGAGAAAGCUAGAGCUGCCAUUGCCUCAGCGGAGCGGGCAUCAGCUGCAGCCAGAGAAGCUGCACAAUUGGUGAAUGUAAAUUUUGGGUCGUUGAAGUUAGAAGAAGGGAAUGGCUCUGUUAUGUUAAGUUGAGUUCUGUUCCAUAUGUAAAAGGCAUUUCUUUUCUGUUGCGUAUAUAUCUUCCUUGCUGUAAUCUGUUCUUGCAUGGGUGCUCAAGGCUUCCGAAUUUAAUUCCAAAUUUCUAGCUACUGGAACAGAGGCCGAAAUAACCACUCUUUGUAUGUGGUAGAGCAAAAAUUUGAUUUGCAGUUAAUUGAAAGCUGUGUAGUUAGUUAGAUAUUGCCAAGCUCGCUUUUCCAGUGUAAGGCAGUGGUGAGGAUUAUACUCUAUAGUAUUUUCUUUCUUUAAUAAGUGUCCUUAUACUCUUUAAGGGUAA